UUCUGGGUUAAUGUGGCAAGUGUCAUCUGGCAACACCAGUUUGCUUUGACAACUCACAGGAUUGGAAAAAUUUUCUUUUGAUUUUUUUCGCUAAAAUUUGCCAUUUAGAGAGCUCAGGAUAAUUGCAAAUUACCAAGAGGACUUUAGGAUGUCUUCGAAGAGUACCACAAAGAAGUUCAAGUGGUCACUGGACUACAAUUCAAGAGCCCUGGCCAGGAGUACAGAUGUAGCUUCUCCACCGGGAUACAAUCCCUCAGUGGGUCAGAGUCAUACAGAAGUGGCCAAAGAUACAGAUCAGAAUCAUCUGAUAAUGAAGAAAUCAUGGGAUUUGGCUCUGGGUCCCAUCAAGCAAGUUCCCAUGAAUCUCCUUAUAAUGUACAUGUCGGGCAAUUCAAUUUCCAUCUUUCCCAUCAUGAUGGUGGGCAUGAUGCUAAUAAGGCCCAUUAAGGCACUUUUUUCAACGGGAGCGACAUUCAAAGUGAUAGAGGGAACACAGGUGGCUGGUCAGAAAUUUGUCUUUCUCCUAGGAAAUCUCCUAAAUAUGGGAUUGGCGCUGUACAAAUGCCACAGCAUGGGUCUCCUACCGACACAUGCAUCCGACUGGUUGGCAUUUGCCGAACCCCAAUCACGCUUGGAAUUUUCAGAUGGAGGAAUGUCCCUUGUCCAGUGAGUCCCAGAUAUAAACCAUACACACAGAGCCUGAGUUAUCAUUAUAAUUGGUACAAUAUGCCCCUAAAUGUAAGCAUUGCUAAUAUUUUGUGAGAGUAAUAGCAGGGAUUUCAAGCCAGAAAA